AUGAAACGGUCAACUCCAUUCUACCAUUCUACGAACAAGCACUAUCUGCCAACGUGGUUAUUCCACCUGCUGUACAAUACUCCUUCUUUUUCCUUCCGCCUGUACCUCUGCGAGCGCAGGGUUUCCGAUUUUCGGCGUGCACUGGCGGGGGCGGCCGUUCUGAUCGGAUUGGCGCAGUCGUCGUCGGGGAGCGGCUGGAGUGGUCUUCGCGCCGGGCAGAACUACGGCGAUGUCAGUAACGUCGACGCCACGCACGACGCAAGACUGGGCCUGGGCGGCGGCGAGUGGGGGGGCGUACGCUCGCUCCAGGAGGCGACCGACCCGCUGUGCAGCUUGCCGGAGGAAGAUCCUUGCACGUUGAACACCACGGCCAUCGGCAUGGUGGAAUGGGGCACCUCCACUUACUACGACGGCACAUGCGAGGCGGGGACUCAAGGCUGCUACACUGACGGGAUCCGCGAAUGCCGGACGUGCUAUCUAUCCACUGAAAUCUACAUGGAUGAAACUAAUGCCACCGAGGCCUCUCGCCCACCGUGGGCCAUGUGCCCGUGUUGCGUUCCCGCGACGCUCGAAAGCGGCCACGACGACGUCGAGGUCAGGGCGUUCAACUACUCGGUGUUCACUAUCUCGGCAAGCGACUGUACCAUCACCCCCACAUUUACGCCACUGGUCAGCACUGAAGCUCCCGCUGCCGUCGAUGGUGCGCAGCCAGUCACCACUCCUACUCCCGUUGAUCCUCCGACAGACACACCACCUGUUGCUCCUACGCCGGAGCCUACUGAAACGCCAGUUCCAUCCAUUCCAACCCCCGCACCGGAUGGUGGUGUCGACGAAGGGGGUGCCGAUGCUUCCGACAAGAAUGACGGGUUGAGCAUGGGGGCCAAGAUCGGAAUCGGUGUUGCCGCGGCCGCCGGCGUCAUAUUCCUCGGCAUCGUAGGAUUCGCCGCCAUCAAAGCUUCCCGCAAGGGUUGA